GUGUGUGGUGUGUGUGUGUGUGUGUGUGUGUGUGUUUGUGUGACUGAGUGUGUGUGUGUGUCUGUGUGCGAGUGUGUGUAGGGUAUUAAUCCAAAAGCUGAGGAGUCAGAGCUGAUCAACCAGUAAGGUUAUCCUGGGUUCAUCUCACUUUAACCUCCAAUCCACCAGCCGUGGAAGCUGAUUGGCCACGAAUCCCUCCUUUCAUGUUAGCUUUGCUAGUCCCACCGGUGAGCACAUAAACGCAGGAAGCUAGCGGUUAGCUCGCGGUUAGCCUGCGGUUGGUUUUAUUAGAACUGAGGUCGGGACCUCGGAUCCACCUUCUCACGGAAACCAAGAACUAAAAAUAUGUUUCUCUGGUCUGAAACCAAGACCUUCGAGUCGAUCUCAAACUGAACCGACAGGUUAACCAGAAUGCCAGGGGUGAAAUAGGAGAACUUAUUUGCGGUGCGUUGUUGACGUACGUAUCUGAGCUUUGAUGCCUAAUGCUGAGAUCAACACCACAAUUCUUGCCUUCCAUUCUGUUGUUGAACAAGUGACGAUAGCUCACCGCUCACCAUACUUCCUGCUGCCUGCAUUCAGACAUCAAACGUGCACUGAUUUGUUGUGUCCUCACUCUGUACCCUUCACAAUUCACUAUUGUGGGAAUAAAGCUUAAUGCGAGUUCCAGUCCCCACGAGGUCAGCGGGCCCAGACCCAGGAUUAUUUUGAUGGGAGGCCGAUCCCCUGAGAACAGGCCGACCCGUGCUUCUAUUUAUAAACUACAGUGGAAAAAUAGUUUUCCUGCUCAGUAGAAACUUCUCCCAAGUAACAAGUCGAUAUCUGGCCGGACGCCCGAGCCAUUCAUCCGGCAUUACGAGCGAACAGGGAUCGAUUGGGAACGGGAAUGAGAGUGUCUGGAACGUGCUCUGUGCUCCGCUGUUAAUGCCCCCAGUGUGUGAAAACUUUCUGCUGUUUUCUGCAGAGAGCGAAUGAAGGCUAUGGAACAACAGAUUGCCAGCUUGACUGGUCUUGUUCAGCAUGCACUUUUAAAGGGGCCAAACUCAGGUAGCACCAAAGAAACAACCAGCGAGAGACCUUCCAUGUCCUCAUCUCCAGCCCAGAGCAUCAACAGCACAGUCUCAGGUGGAUCUCCGGUGCUCAGUGUUAGGAACGCUCCGGUCCAGUUUGAUCCGGCCCUUGGUCUGAGGAGCGCCCCGGUCCAGUCUGAUCUGGUCCCGGGUCAGAGGAAGGCCCCGGUCCAGGCAGCGGAGAAGAGCUGGCGCCCCCUGCAGGUCAACCUGAAGAGCUUCAGGAAGAACAUCUCAGACCUGAGAGUCCAACUGCAGCAGAUGAGACAGCAACAGCUUCAGAACCAGGAGGAGCUGAGGCAGCAGCUGAAGUGGGCGGAGCAGGAAGUGGGGGCGAAGCUGGCUGAGGCCCUGCGGCGGGCGGACGAGCCGGCCCACAGACAGCGCACCCUGGUGGAGGAGGACCGGCUAAAGUACCUGGGCCUAGAGCAGGACGUCCUGUCCCAGCUGGGGGACCUGGAGCGGUAUGUGGACUCCCUGCAGAGGGACCAGGGGGGUCCGCCCGGGCGGCCGGUGUCCCUGCGGGAGGUGGAGGAGGGGGCCGUGUCCCUGAGGAAGGUGGGGGAGGGGCUGGCCGGACUCAAAGGCGAGUUCCCGGGGCUGCAGGGCAGCAUGCGGACGGUGCUGCGGGUGGAGGUGGAGGCGGUGAAGUUCCUGAAGGAGGAGCCGCACAAACUGGACAGCAUGCUGAAGAGAGUGAGGAGCCUGACGGAGACACUGAGCUCUCUGAGGAGGUACGCUACCGAAGUCUCCGCCCACAGCGCCGUGAGACCGGCCCCUGGGGGCCCCACCUCCACCCUCACCACCUCCUCCACCACCACCACCACCUCCUCCACCAGCACCACCCUGCUGGCAGAGCCCCCCAGAGAGCCCCCCAGGGAGUCCCCCUGCCUCGCCGCCUCGUCCGGCCAGACGGAGGCGGAGGCGGCCCCCCUCCCGGCGCCGCGCCCCCCGGUGAAGCCCCCCUCCUCCCUCAUGGUGGUCCAGCACGCGCAGAGCUCCCCGGUCCUCAUCCAGCACAGCCAGACCUCCGGCAGCCCGCAGGGGGUCCCGGCCGACGCCCCGGGCCCCCUGACCCCCAAGGCCAGGGCCCCGGAGCCGGCCAGGAAGCCCCCCGGCGGCGGCGGCGGCGGCGGCGGCCUGCUGAACAACGGGUCGGGGACCAGGCAGGACAUCAUCGAGGAGCUGCAGACCAGCCAGGGGAGGGGCAGAAGCCGCGCCCUGUCCAUCGAGGCAGCGGAGAAGGAGUGGGAGGAGCGGAGGCAGAACAUGGGUCAGUACGACGGGAAGGAGUUUGAGAAGCUGCUGCAGGAGGCGGAGGCCACCAUGAUGAAGGGCGCGCCCGUCUCCCCCACGGCCUCUGCUGGGGGGGAGGAGCCAGGACACCCGGCCAGCCCUGCGACCACGCCUACAGACCCCAAGCCAGACGGGGCCGCCGAGAAGCAGCCCCGCCCUGGACCCGAGAGGAACGACCGGCCCUCCAGACCCGCGGUCCUGGAGAGACCCUCCAAGACUCCCGGCCCUAUACCCGCUCACCCCGCAGAGAAGACCCCAAAGACCGUCUCCGAGAAGGGCUGCAAGUCCCCUCCGCCUCCCCCCCCCAGGAAGACCUACUCCGGGUCCAUCCCCGGGUCUGGGUCCGGGCUCACCACCACCCGGUCCGGGGAGGUGGUCUUCACCAGCAAGAGGUCCUCGGGUCAGGAGGAAGAGGAAGAUGCCCCUCCUCCUCCUUCCCCCAAAAGUACACCUUUCAAGGUGUCACCUGUGGCCACACCCACUCCCGUGCUGGCCGACGCCCCACCCAAGACAGCCACUCCUCCUCCCCAUCCAGAGCCAAUCACAGAAGGGGAGGAUGAUGGGGAAAAUAUCAUGGCAGAACUACAGGUGUUCCAGAAGUGUCCUGUAGGGGGCGUACUUGUUGAGCCUCAGGUCAAAGAGCUCAGAGCUGGGGCCCUCCCGGCCCUCAAAGAGAAAACAAAGCAGACUUCAGAUCCAGCCAAGGAAAAAGAGGAUAAAAGUCCGGACACGGAUGAAAACGGAAACACCCAAUCCCGCCAGAGUCCCGCGGUCAUUUACUACGUGACCGGUCAGAUCACCAAAGAGCACCCCCCGUCGACCACGCCGGAGGAGUCCACUGAACGCAGCAGAGAGUUCACCUUUCCCCCAUCCCAGGUGUCAAAUGUCAAUGCUAACGACCAUUUCCCAAGCCAGCUACCGCAGUCGCAGACUCCACCCAAACCACCACCCAAACCGUCGGCUCGCUCUCCCCCAGUCUCUCCCCCUGCCGUCUCUCCUCCUCCCACCUCUCCACCCUCGAGCUCUCCUCCUCCCAUCUCCCCAAAACCCGUGGGGUUGAUCGGCUUCAAGCUGCCCAGGAAGCAAAUGAAACGCUCCGUGUCCCUGAAGAGCGACCGCGGGGCCGAGGUGGAGAAAGGAAACCUCAUCCUCCUCAACCAAAUCAACAACGAAAAAAAGUUAAAGUCCUCGGUGGUCCAGGAGACCAACAGUAAGAGUAUCAUGGUAGAGUCUGUGUCCGCCUCCACUGUGGAAACCCCCAGAGAGCUGCCCACCGUCCCCCUCCCAGAGACGGCCCCGGCUCAGGCAUCCGACCGGGCCAGAGAUCCACCUAAGGGACGGGAUGAGGGGGCAGGUCUGAGCCCAGACCUCCCUGGAGAAGAGGCUCCUCCGCCGCCAGACAACAUCGCCUUCAUGAUCACCAGCAGCAAGGUGCAGGCUCUGUCCUGUGGAGAGUACAAGGAGCUGGUAAACUCCAAGAAGGGCAAUGUCCAGACCCUCACGGUGGGCGAGUCCGGAAAGUGGGGCGACCUGACCGGAGGCGAGGACGCGGACGCCACGGGCACGCGCGAUUACAGCUUCAACAAGAAGCCGGUGAUCAUCAUCUUCGACGAGCCCAUGGACAUCCGCUCGGCGUACAAGCGGCUGUCCACCGUCUUUGAGUGCGAGGAGGAGAUGGAGAGGAUGUUGGGGGAGGAGCGCAUCGACGAGGAGAGCGAAGGGUCCGAUUCUGAUAGGAGUGGUGCUCAGCAGGUUACUGGAGGAGCAGGGAGUGACGUGUCCCUGAAGGCCAGGGGGCAGUCUCUGGCCAACCGAGGGAGCCUGUCCUCCUGCUCCUCCUCCUCUAGCGCUGAGCUGGCGGACGGAGCCGGGAACUCCAACGAGUCCAACGGAGAGGGCAAGCAGGACGGCAAGAAGAAGUUCAGGUUCAAGUUCCCCAAGAAGCAGCUGGCCGCGCUGUCCCAGGCCAUCCGCACGGGAAGCAAGUCGGGCAAGAAGACCUUGCAGGUGGUGGUCUAUGAGGACGAGGAGGAGACGGACGGCACCGUCCGACAGCACAAGGAGGCCAAGAGGUUUGAGAUUCUGCGCACUGACGAAAACCCCGUCCCGGUUUCCACUUCCGUCUCGGUACAACGGGACACCUCGGAUUCCUUGCAACGGACCAGCGAGAUCCGGAAGAGCACCUACAAGACCCUGGACAGCCUGGAGCAGACCAUCAAGCAGCUUGAGACCACCAUCAGCGAGAUGGGCCCCUGCUCGCCCGAUGAGCACAAGGCCGAGGAGAAGAUGGGAGAAAAGAAGAGCUCAGAGGGCCUGAAGAGAUCCGCUUCUCUGCCCACCUCCAGGAUGUCCGGUCCUAAGGUCACCCUACCCCUCAAGAGCUCCCUGCGGAAGAAAAGCAAGCCCCAGCUCCUGCCUCGGCCCGUAGUCGCCCCCACCGCUACCUCCACUCCUGCCCCCAGUUCCCCAGCCAGCGUUAAACAACAGAGCCUCGUUUCUCCUACUAGUCGGAUGCCCGUCCCCUUGUCCACGAAGGCCCGGCAGUCGCCCGGUAACACCGAAAAACCAGCAAAACAACCCAAACUACCGGAUGCUCAGAGGCAGUUCCGACAGGGUAACGGGAGUGCUAAGCGAGCGGAUCAUAAAGCGCCCUCCCCUUCUGUCUCUAAAAUCCCUGCUUUUUAUCCUAGCGCCACUAAAGGCACCCACGCCCCCAACCCGGAUGCAACUAACACCAAUAACCCUUCCUCCUCUUCUUCCUCCUCCUCCUCUUCCUCCAACAACAAGUCCUCCCUCCCCUCCCCCCACCACCCUCCCCGUUCCAGCUCCUCCUCCUCCUCCCCCUCCUCCUCGCAACUCCCCUCCCUCUCUAACGGAAACCCUAAACUCACUCCUGCUACUCCCUCACAGCACGCCGGUAAAACUCUCUCCCUCUCCUCCCCCCAGACCCAAAACAUAAGAGUGCACUCCUACUCCUCUUCAUCCUCCUCCUACUCCUCCUCCUCCUCCUCCUCUCCCUCCCCUCUGUCGCCAACCCCCCUGGGUCCGGGCGGGAGGAGCAUUCGCACAAUACACACGCCCAGCUUCACCAGCUACAGGUCUCACAACGGCUCCAAGUCCUGCAUCCCUACCGCAACUAAGGACUCCAACUAGCGCUAGCGCCCUGACGUUAGCCUAGCUCCAGCACUGUAGCGCCAGCUUCGUAGCACCGGCACCAUUGCGACAGAACUGUUGCACCCCCCCAACCAACGCGUUAGCUUAGCAUUGCUCUAGCGCCAGCUCCAUAGCGCUAUCCCCAUAGUGAAGUAGCACCGUGGCGCUAGCACCGUAGUGUUAGCCUAGAGCUAGCACCGUAGCAACAGCACCAUAGCAUUAGCCUAGCACUAGCACCAUGGAACAAGCAUCAUUGUAUUAGCACCCUAGCCUAGUACCGUAGCAUGUUAUCCUAGCGUUGCCCCUCCAGCUCCCAGGGCUAGCGGCUAAAUUUGCUUUGUUUUGCUAUUUUGUUUUUGUUUUGUUUUGUUCUCCAUCUUGUUUUUUUAAUAGUAUUAAGCAACGCACUCUUCCAUGCUUUUAGUUCUCACCCCCCAGUGGUGUCCUUGUGCCACUGCAGAUGUAUUUUCACGUUUUUGUAUAUUAAGAUGAAACCGCUUUUACGAAGCGUUUUAAUGCAAGGGGAUUCAGAGCUUCACGUCUCCUAGUUGAAUCAUUUUGUCUGAAGUCUCUCGGGGGUCAGAGCUUUCAUGGGGUGGAAAACAAUCUUUUUUUUGGAAAAAUUAAUUUGAUGAUGUCGUAUUGUUGCUGUUCACAGAGACUGUCAUGUAGACCUGUGUGUUUUGUUUUUUAAAUCAGAAAACUAAAUAAUCAUAGUCAUUUUUUUAUUUGCCGGACUUUUCCUGUUAAAGCCUUUUUACAAACAUAGAGUAUGUAUCCAGAGCUUUUACUACAGCAUUAAUGCAAUAGUGUUGCAGAACAUCUGUCCGUAUGCACUGCCGUUUCUUCUCAAGGUGUUUCACUGCAUCAUGGUCGUCUCCAUGGCAGUGAGUCUCUUUGCCAAAGCCGUUGUACAGUGUGGUUAGAAGGCCCGUCUCCACUCCUGGGACUAGAUUUGAUGUCCACGCCCAGGGCCAAGGCCUGAUUUCAGUAGCUUUCUCUAGGAAAUGUCUCCUGACAUUUAUCAUUGGUCUAAAUGUAUACAUUACUAAAACACAUGACGAUAAACUGUUCUACUAUGUGUACAUAGAAGCUUCUGGUGAGAAAUGGAGUAGUUUUGUUAACGUAACAAAGUUUAUUUGGAUGCACGCAUUGCGGGGAACCUUAUAGGGGAGAGUUGUAAAGGACUGUUUGCACAGAUAGAUUUUGUAAAUAUUUUGUUUUGUAAAGCUGUUAUCUCUAAAGCAACAUGGCUUUCAACUGUCUCAAUAAAGAUCUGCAUGCUUUGAAUGCAUUUACAUUACCA